UCAAGCCCCAUGUUGGGUGUAGAGAGGACUUAAAAUCUUAAAAAAAAAAAAAAAAAAAAAAAACCCAAAACCAAAAAACCACCACCCAACAUUUCCUGAAUGCUCCUUACUUGCUAGCUCUAAGCAGUCCAGGCAUUUUUUUUUUAAUUCCAGUAGCGUUCACACAGUGUUCUCUUAGUUUCAGAUGUAGAGCAUAGUGACUCAAUUCUAUACGUUACUCAGCGCUCCUCAAGAUGUGUGCUUAGUCCCCUUCACCUGUUUCACCCAUCCCCCCACCCCAGGUGUUCUUGACUUUAGUGCUCAGAGGCCACAGCCCCAGAUGACAGACGCAGAGGUGGAGGUUCAGCGAGGGGAAGCUACCUGCCCAGUCGCACCUGGCAGGUGUCACCAGGAACCCGCUGGCAGGUUUGCAGCCCAUGGACUGGGCUAAAGGAAGGCUUCUCCCCAGCUCUGGGCCUGAGCCCUGAACACCCCAGGAAACUAGUGGGCACCUAUCAGGCCCCUCAGGAGAAUGGCCACCUGUUCAGGCUGAGCUUACCCACGUGGCUGAGCCAGAGGCCCUGCUGGAAGGCACAGCAUGGAGUUGGGGCCCAGCCGCUAGAGACAGACGGGCUGCAUGUAGCCCACUGUCCCUCAGGAAAUCGAGGGCUCAGCGACUGGCCUGCCCCAGGCGGCACCACAAAUCCUGCCGGGCCUGGCUUCCUGACCCCCAGCUCACCACCUUGGAGGCCCUGCUCCUCCUGCACUCCCCAGAUGCAAAACCUGUUUUUAUUUACAGCAGGAAGCUCUGGAAGGUUCCUGGGGCAGCCCAGGUCUCACGGACACACAGACACACAUACAGGGACAGGGUAGGGACAUGCCUGGAGCAGCGCACCAAGUGGGUUCUCGAUCAGCACUGCUGAGGAAGACAAAGCUGAUACACCUGCUCAGGCCACACACGCUCAUGCAUGUUCAACCUUGCACGCACACACACAAGCACACUGCUACCAUAUGCUCACACGUGUUCAGUCUUGCACCCAGUGUUCAGCCUUGCAUGCUCCCACGUGUCCAGUCUUGCACACGCACACACAAGCACACUGCUCCCACGUGCUCACGUGUCCAGUCUUGCACACACACACUGCUCCCACAUGCUCACAAGUGUCCAGCCUUGCACGCUCACACGUGUUCAGCCUUGCACACACACAAGCACACUGCUCCCACAUGCUCCCACGUGCUCAGCCUUGCACACACACAAGCACACUGCUCCCACAUGCUCACAAGUGUCCAGCCUUGCACGCUCACACGUCACUAGCCUUGUACAUGCACAUACAAGCACAUUGCUCCCACAUGGCUCUUCCCCAGCCUCUCCUUAUAAGGCCUCUCUGUGGAAGGCAAAGGCCCCGGAAGUGGCGCUUUGGGGCCCUCAGCUCAGGUCAGCAGGCCUGAUGGGGACUUCCCCCAGCACUUCCGGUGCCGCUGGGUGGGGUCAGCACGGGCAUCCAGCUUGGCGGGAGCACUUCAUCACCAUCCACACUGCAGACGACAAGACAAGACGAAGCAGAGGGAGGACCAGGCCUAUCUAUGCUAAUCUGCCCACCCCCAUUUUCCAAGGUCGCCAGUGGGGCCGAGCCGGGUGCUUGUUGGCCGCUGUGGAGGCCAAUCCCCCCACCACCCCUUCAGCCCCGGUGGCCCAGAGGAAGAAGCCCCAGGGCUACAGCCCUGAGGGUCUCUGGGCCCACCGCUGGUCUGCAGAAUGCCAACUUCCCAGCUCCAACUGUCCCAGACUGUGUGACUGGGCGUCUCUGCCUCUUGCAGGGUCUUGGCAAGAGCAUCUAGACCCGGGGGCCCAGGCUGCAAAAGCCUGUCUAGCAUGAUGUUCCAGAGUUCCCGGCUGUGCGUGCUGCUGAAGACAGCAGCUCUCAUACUAGUAACACAGCCAAGAGGACUUGGGGAGCCCUGACCAUUGUUCCCUGGGACCCAAACAAAGGUCCUCAAGCGGGAGAGGAAGGGGCUGAUAAACAUGACUACAGGCUGGGGGGAGGCUCAGAACACAGCUAUCAGCCAAUCACCGUUAGCAUGAAUUCAGACAGAAAUACUCAUAGUAUGCUGCAUUAACUAACACCUUAAAGGGGCUGGGGAGUAGAUCUGGGGGAAGGGGGUGGGAGGGCAGAGGUGCGUUUUCCCGUUUUCAUAACUUCUGCAAAGCAACUAAAACCAGCAGGGCCUCAGCAGUGACUCCCAGCCCCCAAGUUAGCAAUGAGGAAGUGGUAACCCAGACAGGGAAGUAGCUUCUCUGGCCACUGUCGCCUCAGGGCUACAUCCUCCUAGAGGAGAAUCACUGGAUUGUUCUCGGCGGUCAGACUGGCCACCCUGCCACGGGAACUCUGACGUCAUCGUUCCCAGGAAAACCUCCAGGGGACCUGGGCUAGGACCCACCGCCAACCAGUCACCCUAAAGAAUACCAACUAGAGUUGCUUUGCCCAAGGGUGUCGACAACACAGUGCCUCAGCAAUGGCUCCCGGGGGGGAGACAAAGUCAGGCUGAGGCCAUGGCCUCCGAACACCCACCCACUUGUCACUGUGCCUCUGUGAGCCAGCACCGUGGGACCACUGGACUGUCGGGGUCAGAGGGAGGGAGGAAGGGGCUCUGGGGACGGUAUUGGGACUAGGAGUCCAUGUGCAGUGAUCUGCGCCUCAUUACCCCAGAAACAGAGGCUGGGGGAGUGUGGGCCAAACGCGGAGCCCCCCCUGGCUGGCUCCCCUCUGCCAGCCUAAAGCCAGGAUCUCCGUGUUCCUAGUCACCCUUCCCCUGCAUCCUUCCAGCACACAGUGAACACUCAGUAUGAACGGGCUGGAGGUCACCCAGGGCUGGGGCUGGGAGAGCACAGGGAAGGGUGGCCUGAGGUCUGGGAGGGAGUUUGGGUCUCCAAGGUAGGGAGUGGGUUUCCCUCCAGGGGGUGCCAGAGACCCCGCACUGGGAUAUGGAGGAGGUAAGCGCCCUAGGGGCAGGGUAUGUGCUUUGUCCACCCAGGUUAUCUCCCCACCAACUAGAGUGCCUGGCACGUAAUAGGUGCUCAAUAAUAGUUCUUAAAUGUGGUUGCAGGAAUCCCAUCCUUCUCUUUAGGAGAUGGGCUACAAGAAAUGAAUAUGUUUUAUUAUCUCAGUGGCCUAUGUAUGCAAUUUGUACAUAUUUACUGGGGACUACGUGCUCAGUUGGUUUUUUUUUUUUUUUUUCCUUCCUGAUUAGGGUCAAUGAUUAGCAAAGGUUGGAAACCUGAAAUCUAGAAGGUCCUCUCUCAGCAUUUGGGAAGAACUCAGCUCCCCUCCAAAGCAGAGCAAGCCAGGUGAAGCCUGGCUCAGCGCUCCUUCCUUUUACGGUGCUGGGGUCAAAUUCUGACUCUCUCCAUACUGGCUGGAUGCCCCCAGCCAAUGCUUCCUUCACAUCUCGAUCAGAAAAGGUUGGGACUGAACAAGGUACCGGCUGUAGGUUCCUUAUUGCUUUCAGAGAAACUUGGCCAAGGUCCUCUGAAGCCAGAGGUUUGGCUGUAUCUGAGACUAAGCCAGGCAGGAGCAGUCUGGAGCAAGAUCCUGGCCCUACAGGCACUCAGGGAAGUCCCCACCCAGCUCAGAAGCUCCAGGGAGCUGCCAGCAAGCCAUUUUGCACACGUGCUAAGCAGUUACUCAACUUCCUGUUGUGGAUGGAGUAGCCCUUGCCACCCCAGACAGACCAGCUAAUACCUCCUCCCCAGGUCUGCUCCCGAAGUCUUCUAAACCAGGCAAAAAUCAAGUCACGAAACAUAAAUGAAAACAAUCAUAGAAUGGCACCAUUAAAGCUUACUAAUAAAGCAAUCCAAACAAAACAAACUCCAAAAACACAUAAAACUCAAUGUUGGCAGGGCUGUGGAGAAACUCUCAUUUGCUGCUAAUUUGUUUAGCCUUUCUGAAGAGCAGCGCAGUAACAAUUCAACAACUGGGUCGGAACAAGCAGAAUAACACCAACAGGAACCUAAAAAUUAACACUCUUUGGUGGCAUAAAUUCAUUCUGGUGCUAAGAAAAUAACCACUUUUUUUUUUUCUUUAAGCAAACAUGUUCUUAAUAACCCCCCUUUAGAAUGGUGGAAGGGUGGAAAAAUCCAGAGGACUACAAAUAUGGCAAGAGUGAAUUCUGACACUAACAUGUGGGGAUACCAUUUAACUAUUUGAGAGGACGUAUGCACAGAGACACACAUAAACUACCUUUAUCGGCAUCUUUAAAUGCCCAAUAUUUUUAACCAAGACCCUUGAAAGCAAGCCUAAAAAGUUUUGUGGGUUUUUUUUCUUUAAACCUUCAUUUUGUACAGAAGGAAACAGACUCAGACAAAAAGUCAAGAUUUACUCAAAGCCACACAGCUCCUACAUGGCCCCGUUUGGGAUUCUGACCCCAAAUCUCUGAGGUUGGCACCAUCCAGACACUUUGAUAAAUGUGGGCAGGCCUUAUACUGGUAGUGGCAACAGUAAGAGCACACACCUGUACUCUGUGUGUGCUUCCACACAUGAUCCCACGGAAGCCUCAGGACGUCCCCAUUUUACAGAUAAGAUAGGUUGAGGUCCGGGGAAGUUAGGUGGCUUGCUAAGGUCAUCAGCCAGUGAUGGAAGCUGGCACUCUUACCCCGGUCCCGGGGAACGGGUGCCCUUAACAGGCGCGGGGGGUCCGGGGACAGCCUGGAAGAACCCCGGCAGAGCCUCCGGCUCCGUCCCCGCGCUAGGCUGGCUACGGGGCUUCUUAGUGUUACUGUCACCGCCCAGGGCGGGCCCGCUGCUCUCCCACCGCCGGCCAAGGAGGGGCCGCUCAGUCCGGCGUCCGGGACCCCCUCCCGCGUCCAGAGGCCGCCUGUGUUCCUUGGCUCUGAGGCCCAGCGGCACCCCACCCGCGGCCCCCUCUCGGAUUCACCUGCCUGCCUCCCUCAUAAGGAUCCCUGGGAUUACAGGGGGCCCACUGGAUAAUCCAGACUCCUCCUCCUCUUUAACCUAAUUACAUCGGCAAAGUUCAUGGUUCUGGGGAUUAGGGCAUGGACACCUUGGGGGGGGCAUUAUUCUACCUAGUGCACCCGGUAUUUAAAUUAUACAUGUAUAAAUAAAUAACCUAACCUUAUAAUUUAUAUACUUUUCUACUCGGGACCUGAGUCCACACAGGGUAGCUCACGUCUUGGCCACACUGCAGGCGCUGAGGGAAACCCUGACCCUCCACAUCAUUGCCUGCAGAGUUGGGCACAUUUGGGAGCUAAGCCACUUGUGUGAUGGCCGUUGGGCCAAACCGAGAGUCGCCUAAGCAAUCAGUCUAGGUUCUGAGGCUGAAUAUU